GUUUUCCUUUUUUUGGAAGUGGCUUAUGAAAAAAGAAUGGCGACAAUAUAUUGACAAAUUACUGAGCGAGAUUGAUAAGGAGGAAGAGGAGCACUAGUUCUUAGCGAUGAAU